AUUAAAGGCAGAGGGUUGAGGCAGACAGCAGACUGUUUAGGAAAAGUGAGUCACGCUGUGGAGGAGAAAGGAUCAUUCAGGAUGCCAGAGCCAGUCAAAAAAGCAGUUUCAGCAUUUACCAAGAAACCAAAGACUCAGGAGGCAGAGGAGGGGUCCUCUGUGGUCUUUGAAGCGGAGACCGAGAAGCCUGAUGCUAAAGUAAAAUGGCAGUGCAACUCAAAGGACAUUUCCAGUGGCAACAAACUUGUGAUCAUAGCCAAUGGAAACAAGCACUCCCUCACUAUAAAAGCUAUAACCAUGGAAGAUGCCAAUGUCUAUGCAGUGAUUGCUGGGGGGUCAAAGGUGAAGUUUGAGCUGAAGGUUGUAGCAAAGCCAGAAGCUCCAGCUAAGGCCCCUACUGAUGGACCCGGGAAGUCCAGUGUAGAACCAGAACCGGCCCCCGCUCCGCCUGCAGCAGCACCCGCACGGGAAGCACACAGUGCCCCUCCAACUGAGGAUGGACAGCCUCCAGACACCAGGCAGGACCUGACUGGACUCUUCACAGUGAAGCCCCAGAGUGGAGAAGUCACUGUAGGUGAAAACAUCACAUUUGUGGCUAAAGUGAAUACUGAAUCAUUGCUGAAGAAACCCACCAUCAAAUGGUUCAAAGGGAAGUGGAUGGACCUCGCCAGUAAGUCUGGAAAACACCUGCAGCUAAAGGAGUCGUAUGACCGCAACACGAAGGUCUACACGUUUGAGAUGCACGUGAUGGAUGCCAAGGCCAACUUUGCUGGAGCUUACAGAUGUGAGGUCUCAUCCAGGGACAAGUUUGACAGCUGUAAUUUUGACCUGACUGUACAUGAGGCUAAUAUUGCCGAAGGCUUUGACAUAAGAGCAGCUUUUAGGCGCACGAGUGAAGCUGGUAAGAAGAGAAGUGGACCAUCAACAAGUAGUACAGAUGGCAACGAGGAUUCGGGAGAGCUGGACUUCAGCACCUUAUUAAAAAAGAGAGACAGUUUCUUAAAAUCCUCAAAUCGAGCUGUGCAGGUGAGCACAGAGCCUGAAGUGGACGUGUGGGACAUUCUCAGCCAUGCUCCUGCUUCAGAAUAUGAGAAGAUUGCCUUUCAGUACGGCAUCACCGACCUCAGAGGCAUGCUAAAGAGACUGAAGAAGAUGAAGAAAGAAGAGAAGAAAAGUGCAGCUUUCGUCAAAAAGUUGGAUCCUGCCUACCAAGUGACGAAGGGGCAUAAAAUAAAACUAGCGGUUCAGGUCGCCAAUCCAGAUGUUGACGUGAAAUGGCUGAAGAACGGGCAAGAAAUUCAACCAACUGGAAGCAAGUACAUAUUUGAGAGUGUUGGCAACAUUCGCUACCUCACCAUCAACCAUUGCUCCUUGGCAGAUGAUGCUGCAUAUUCCUGUGUGGUGGGGGAUGAGAAAUGCACCACUGAGCUCUUUGUUAAAGAGCCUCCUGUCCUGAUUGUGAAGAAUCUGGAGGACCAGAUGGUCAUGAAGGGUGAGCGGGUGGAGCUUGAGUGUGAAGUCUCGGAGGAAGGAGCCAACGUGAAAUGGGAGAAAGACGGUGUGGAACUGACAAGAGACGAGUCUUUCAAGUAUCGCUUCAAGAAAGACGGCUGCAAACACAUUCUGAUCAUUAAUGAGGCCACAAAAGAAGACUGCGGCCACUACAAGGUUAAAACAAAUGGCGGGGAGUCGAUGGCUGAACUCAUGGUGCAGGAGAAAGAACUCGAGGUCUAUCAGAGCAUCGCGGACCUCACAGUGAAGGCAAAGGAUGAGGCGGUUUUCAAGUGUGAGGUGUCAGAUGAGAACGUGAGAGGAACCUGGUAUAAGAAUGGCGUAGAAGUCAAGCCCAAUGCCAGAAUAAAUAUCACACAUAUUGGCAGGAUCCACAAACUCACCAUUGAUGAUGUCAAACCAGAGGAUGAGGGGGACUACACUUUUGUGCCAGAUGGCCACGCUUUCAACCUUUCUGCCAAACUCAAUUUCUUGGAGGUGAAGAUUGAUUACGUGCCACGCCAAGAUCCUCCUAAGAUCCACCUGGACUGUUUGGGUCGCACUGCUGAGUCAACCAUAGUGGUGGUGGCUGGCAACAAACUGCGUCUGGACGUCCCAAUCACUGGAGACCCUGCUCCCACAGUGGUCUGGACCAAAGGAGAGAAGGCUAGUUCUGUAAAACCUGAUGAAGAAGAGAAAGGAGGGCCGGCAACCUCUUGGACCCUGAAGGAUGGGGAAGUCAUCUCAGAGGGAGACAGUAGGGUCCAUGUUGAAACCACCAAUGGGCACUGUAUCUUCACCAUCGAGGGGGCUGAGAGGCAGGACGAGGGAAUCUACUCUGUUGUGGUUCGGAACCCUGCUGGGGAGGACACUGCAGAUAUCAAUGUGAAAGUUGUCGAUGUUCCAGAUCCUCCCCAGGCUCCCAGAAUCCUCAGUGUGGGAGAGGACUCCUGUGUCGUCCAGUGGGAUCCCCCUCUGUUUGACGGCGGGCAGCCAAUCAUUGGCUAUGUGCUGGAGAGAAAGAAGACGAAGAGCUACAGGUGGAUGAGGCUGAACUUUGACCCUAACCCUGACACCACCUAUGAAGCCAAGCGGAUGAUUGAGGGAGUGCAAUAUGAAAUGCGAGUCUAUGCUGUCAACAGCAUUGGCAUGUCUCGUCACAGUCUGGCCUCACAGCCAUUUGUGCCAGUUGCCCCUACAAGCGAGCCCAUCGGACUGUGUGUCGACGACAUCAGUGACACUUCCAUCUCGCUGAAGUGGCGGUUGCCUGAGAGGAUCGGCGCGGCUGAGCUCGAGGGUUAUGGGGUUGAGUACUGCAAGGAGGGCACUGAUGAAUGGAUACCAGCCAUUCAGGGUCUGUCUGAGAGGACAUCACUGACUAUCAGAGACCUCACCACCGGGGAUAAGCUGCAGUUCCGUGUGCGAGCCUACAACAUGGCGGGACCCAGUGCUCCCGCCACUCUGGCUCAGCCCGUCACCAUCAGAGAGAUAAUGCAACGCCCAAAAAUUUGGCUCCCCAGAAAUCUCCGCCAGACUCUCAUCAAGAAAGUUGGAGACACUGUAAACCUUUUGAUUCCAUUCCAGGGUAAGCCUAGGCCAAAGGUUACAUGGAGCAAAGAUGGGGAGCUUCUAAACCCAACAUUCGCUAAUGUGAGGAACAGCGAUGUAGAUACAAUCCUCUUCAUCCGCAAGACAGAAAGAAAACAUUCAGGGAAGUAUGAUCUCCAGGUGCAGAUUGAGAACGUGGAAGACACAGCAAGUGUCAAUCUGCAGAUUGUUGAUCUCCCAGGGCCUCCUGAGGCUCUGAAUAUCAUCGAUGUCUGGGGCUUCAAUGUGGCACUCGAGUGGAAGCCACCUAAGGACAACGGUAACUGUGAAAUCACUGGUUACACCAUUCAGAAAGCUGAUAAGAAGACCAUGGAGUGGUUUACAGUCUACGAUCAGUACAGGCGAACCCACUGCGUGGCGUCUGACCUCAUCAUGGGAAAUGAGUAUGUCUUCAGAGUCUUUGCCAUGAACCUGGUGGGCCUCAGCCCAGAGGCCUGCAACACAAAAGACAGCGCUUACAUCCAGAAAACAGGUAUCGCAUACAAGCCACCCAGCUAUAAGGAACACGACUUCUCAGAGGCUCCCAAGUUCACACAUCCUUUAGUGAACCGUUCUAUCAUAGCAGGAUACAGCGCAACCCUCAGUUGCUCAGUCAGAGGCAUACCAAAGCCCAAAGUGACCUGGUACAAAAACAAGAUUGAUAUCACAAAUGAGGCCAAGUACCGAAUGCUCAGUAAGCAAGGUGUCCUGACACUGGAGAUCCGUAAGCCCUGUCCUUUCGAUGGUGGACUGUAUACAUGCAAAGCAGUCAAUGACAGUGGAGAGGACACAGUGGAGUGCAAACUGGAGGUUCGCCCUCAAAUUGUUAGAGAAGAAAAGAAAGAUGAAAAGAAGCAAGAGGUUCGGGCUGCUGACUGAGGAAAAGAUCGAUUUGUCUCCAGCGAUUCCUGCAUGUUGACUGUUUUAUGUAAUGAAAAACCCUUCACCUGCAUCACAAACUGUGUUUACCCACAUCUUUUUUGUUUUCACACCACUUCCUUGUCUGCAAUCAUCUCACAUCAAGUCAUCCUAACUGUUAUGUUAGUAUCAUAUGUACCACUCAGUUACUGACUGGGGGCUCAUGUUUAAAUUUACUGUUCGUUAAUAGGGAAUUAUUAGUAUUUAUAAAAUGGUUUGUCACUCUAUUCCUCAUUGAUUUCAAAAACUAGACGUAAAUGGAUAAUGGUGUGUAGUAAAUAUGGAUAAUAGAUAAUUGCAGUAUUUAUGAAACUAACUUAUGAUGUGUCAUCCAUGGAUUAUAGCAUCAUCAGUUUGAUUGGUUUGUGUGCAUAAAAAUUGCUUAAAGAA